UGACAGUUAAGUGAAGUGUCUCUCUCGCUGCUGACAGCAUGAAGUCCUACUUGCUGCUUCUUCUGCUCUGUCUCUUCGCAGGAUGCAAAGGCCAGAAGAGUGAGUGUGACAGCUUCACUGACCUGAAUUUCCACGAGUCCUUUAUGGGGACCAAUCUGUCCGUGAAGCUGCUGCUGUACACAGGAGCCAAUCCAGACUGUGGUCACCAGCUGUCACAUCAUGACCUCACACACCAGCCACUGUUCAAUUUGAGCCGGCGGACUGCCAUGGUGAUCCACGGGUACCGGCCCACGGGGGCCCCUCCCAUCUGGGUGUCUCACAUGGUGCACCUGCUGGCUGGACAGGAUGACACCAACGUUGUCGUCGUGGACUGGAACCGUGGCGCCGCUAACAUUAAUUAUUUCACCGCUGUGGCUAACAGCCGCAGUGCCGCUGCUAACAUCUCCGGCUUCAUUCAGAAAAUGCAGGAGCACGGGGCCUCUUUGAGCUCCAUCCACUUAAUUGGAAUGAGUCUGGGGGCACACGUGGCUGGCUUUGUGGGGGCGAUGCUAAAAGGCAAAAUCGGCAGGAUCACAGGCCUAGACCCAGCAGGGCCCCUGUUCAAUGGGGUACCCCCAGCAGACCGUCUGGACCCCACAGAUGCCCUGUUUGUUGAUGUUCUGCACACCGACAUGAACACCCUGGGGUACAAAGAGUCCCUGGGACACAUCGAUUUCUACGCUAAUGGGGGAGCCGACCAGCCCGGCUGUCCCAAGUCCAUCUUCGCAGGAAAGUCGUACUUUGUCUGUAACCACCAGAGGGCAGUCUUCCUCUUUCUCUGUGCCCUCAACAAGACAUGCAGCUUCACCGCCUAUCCGUGCUCCUCUUACUCCGACUUCCAGGAUGGGCGGUGCCUCUCCUGUGAGCCACUGAGGCCCGCACCCUGCCCUGUCUUUGGUGAGACACCUCAUGUGGGUGGUGCUGUACUACAAACUGGGGUAGUAGCGCUGUUACCCUUCCCCCCCACACCGUGGGACAGGUUGGGUUACUGCCAGAGGACAAACAUAAACCAGGCCCUAAAUAAAAACAAAUAUAACUAUAACCAGGCAGAGUCAUUUUCCAGUCACACUGAUUCCAUCCAUCUGAAAGAGGGGAACAAGCCACUGUGCCAUGGUGCUCUCAUGGCUGACUGUACCUCCAUGUCCAUAGGUUAUGAUGUCAGAGGGUGGAGGGACAUUGUGGUGCAGCAGGGCCAAACCAGGGCCUAUUUCUCCACUACCGCAGAGUCACCUUACUGCAAGAGCAGCUACCGUGUGGACAUGGUGACCUGGAACCAGUUCACACGCUGGGGGAUUGUGGUCCUCAAGUUACACAGCGGCAGGAGGGUGACAGAGACCCGCAUGGACCAUAAAGUGAUCCGGUUCGAGCAGUACACAGCCACUCGCAUGCUGGCCCAGUUUGACGAGGACCUGCACCCAGUCCAGAAGAUCUCCAUCCGCUUCAUCACGGGCAACAUAAUUGGGCCCAAGUACAAGCUGCGGCUGCUACGGAUCCGGCUCACACCGCUGGGAGAGCCCAACAGGCUGUUGCUGUGCUGCUAUGACAUCAUCCUGGAGGAGAACACGGAAGCAUCAUUCAGGCCCAGGCCAUGUGAGGAGCCGGGCUUCUGAAGAGAGCAAGAAUCUUACUCAAGGAAGGGUUCCUACUAUCUACCAAGGGGAUCUAGUACCAUAAGAAGUGAACAGCCAAGCAGCGCUAAUGAACAGCUCACACUGUGUAGACAUCAAGACAGAAGUGUAACAUGUGGAUCACUGUCAGAGAGCUUCCAGAUAUGGGAGCAGAGCACACAGAGGUCACGUAGAUGGCCUUCCUGAGGUCCGACUGGCUCUACGAAAUGACUGAUGGGCCACAGGGAAACUGUACCUGCAGGGGGAGGGGGUCAGACUCAGCAUUCAUGUCGCUGUGGGA